AUGAUCGAGUAUGACGAUAAAAUCGAUGAGUGUAACAUGAUGAUCUGCAACACAUCAUUGGCAAUGCAAACGGUUUGGAACCACAUUGCAAGACAGGACUCAAAGACCAACACCAAGAUUUCGAAAGCAAAUGCUGCCAUUGCAGUGCAAACAAAGGUCGAGAGCGCGCAGAUGAGAACGAUUGCGCUCUUGACCAUGAUAUACCUCCCUCUUUCGAGUGUCGCAGCUAUCUUCUCUAUGGACAUGUUCAACUGGGAAGCAGUUGACGGCCAGUCUAUCGUAUCAAAGCACAUCUGGUUGUUUGCAGUCCUGACUGUUGGUCUCACAUUGCUCACCAUAGCUGCUUGGUUCUUGGGGACAAGGCGAGUGAAGGCCAUGGCGGAUAAGUCGGAUAAUUACUUCAAUGCGCCGCAAAGACAUGACACAUUCGAGUACGUUUAG